CAACCGUUUGCCAACCGCCAAACAACAAAAACAAAAAAAAAGAAAGAAAAAGAAGACGACAGCCCACCGCAAGAUGGCGCCACUACGCUAGUUUUUCAGCUUACUGACUACAAGCAGAAGCCGCCGGCCUGCUUGUACCGGAAGCACAAGCAGGCUGGACGGUAACAGAUGGACACUGUCGAAAAUAUGAAUAAGCUGGACCGGCUAAGCGUGUUCCUUAACGACAGGCUGAGCGCUGCCGCGGCGGAGAUCCUCGGGGCCGUUAAAGACGCGGUGGCCGAGUACCAGAGCGAGCUGCUGCGCUCCAGAGAGGAGAAUGACCGUCUCCAGAGGCUCCUGAACGCAGCCGUCCAGCGGCUGCUGCUGCAGCAGUCAGAGCCUCUCACCAUCCAUCUUCAAGAGGAAAGUCACCUUUGUGAGCCCGAUGGGAGAAGCAACUUGGAGCUCGUUCCUCAAGUCAAAGAAGAAUCAACAGUUAGAAAGAUACAAAGUAGUUUUACAAAUGAGGCAACUGGGCAAUUAGAUGGAAACUGCUGUCAUAUUGAGCCUCAGGAGUCAUGUCCUCUACCGGCCCCCGGUGUCUCCCCACUGCCACCGACAUGUGUGCAAACAAAGACGGAAAAUGCCGAGGAGGAGAAUGAGAAAAAGCAGCCAACCAGCGGCUUAUCGUUGCCCACGACGGUCCACGUAGACUGCAGAGCGGCCGUCUCUACCGCAAAGAGUCAGAAACCUUUAAGAAUUGACGUCCAGGGGAAGGGGGCGCUUUAUUCCAACAGCAAACAGAGCAUGCACAUACUGCCGAUCAAGAACAUGAGAUCGCUGAAGCAGCCUCUGUCGCGCUCGUUUCACCCCAGCCAGAGCAACCAGAGGUGGCACUGCUGCAAAGAGUGCGGCAAGACCUUCAGCUUCGCCUGCCAGCUGGAGGUGCACAUGCGCUGGCACACCAAAGAAAAACCGUACAGCUGUGCGGUGUGCAGGAAGAGCUUCACCACGGUCAGCAUGCUUAAGCGGCACCACCGCAUCCACACUGGCGAGAAGCCCUUCCGAUGCCACGUCUGCGGGAAAUGCUUCAACCAGUCAGCACACCUCAACACCCACAACAGGCUCCACACGAGGGAGAGGGCCAGUUGGAGCCGAGCUGGACUGUGCAAGUGAACUCUCAUCGGACGCUGGCUCACUUGUACGAUUUAAAAUGAUUUCAUUUGCCAGAGUGCCCAUUCAAACCCUCUACGACGGUGUUUCUCAAUUCCUGUCCCAAGGCAAGCCCUGUCCUGCAACGGUUGUGGCGUUUCUCUUCUGCCACAAACCUGACUUGAACAAGUGGGUGAUUAACAGGCUUCUGGUGACAUGCAGAGGAGGUUAUGCAAUCAUUUGAACCAGGUGUUCUGGAGCAGAGACGCAUCUGAAAUACAAAGGUCACUGGUUCCUGAGGAUCGGAAAUCGAGAAACACCGAUCUACAGCAAUAGUGUUGAAUUGUAUGUGUCUUUUUGUGCAAAAUAAAAUGGAU